AUGCCGGCUCCUCUCGAUGGACUCCGUGUGGUCGAGCUGGCUGGCCUAGCCCCCGGCCCCUUCACCGGUCUACUACUUGCUGACUAUGGAGCCUCUGUAUUGCGAAUCGAUCGACCAAAAGCUAAGAGUGCCGACCAGUUGACUCGCAGGAAAACUUCCGCUACCAUUGACCUCCGAGACCCCGACUCUCAUCGAGUGCUCCUCUCCGUCCUUAAGGACGCCGAUGUCCUGAUUGAUCCAUAUCGUCCCGGUGUUUUGGAGCGACUGGGCUUGUCGCCGUCGAAAGUGCUUCUGAAACAUAACCCCCGCUUGAUUGUGGCUCGUUUGACGGGUUUCCGUCGCGAUGGCAAAUACAAGGAUAUGGCGGGUCACGACAUCAACUACAUUGCUGUGGCGGGGGUACUGUCUAUGAUAGGUCGGUCGGGAGAACGCCCUUACCCACCACUCAACCUCCUGGGCGAUUUUGCUGGUGGAGGUGCCACAUGCUUCUUGGGGAUUCUGUUGGCAUUGAUCUCGCGCACGCACACCGGACGCGGCCAGGUCGUCGAGGCAAACAUGGUCGACGGCUCUGCGUAUUUGGCUGCAAUGCCACGGUUAGGCAGACAAACGCCCUUCUGGGAUGCGCCUCGCGGUCAGAAUACGCUGGACGGAGGCAGCCCGUUUUACGACACAUACGAAACCAAGGACAAGGGAAAGUAUUUCGCAGUGGGUGCGUUGGAGCCGCAGUUUUACGAUGCUCUGUUGAAGGGGCUCGAACUGAACCCCGAAGAGCUUCCGCCACGGGAUAACAAGGACAACUGGCCUGCGCUGCGGGCUGCCUUCGCUAAGCGGUUCAAAGAUAAGACUCGGGCGGAGUGGGAGGCCGUAUUCGAUGGUACAGAUGCCUGCGCCACACCUGUGUUGGAACAAGAUGAGCUCGAGGAAAGUGGCUAUGAGCAACGGCCCGUCGUCCAUCUAGUGGAAACUCCCGGGCUCCCGAUUCCGGCCGACGACGGAGGCUGGACCGGGGGUGGCCUGAUACCUGGCACUGGGGGCGAAGAGACACUCAAAACAUGGCUGGGGUGGAAGAAAGGCCGCGAUUAUGAUGUCAGGCGCGAUGGAGCGCUAGUGAAGCUACCGGACGGCAAAGCGAAGCUCUGA